UGCCCGACUAGUUUCGGACCUAACCGGAGUCCUUAAUCAUGAGCUGAAGCGGCGGGAACAAAUUAUUCGGUAUCUGAUGGCAUUUCGUCUCCAAGCGGGUGAUGUAAAUCUCUUUGAGUUUUUAUGACGUUAGUUGAAUCGUUUGGUAUUAGGGAUUUGGGAUUCCAUGGAAUUCGUAAUAUCCUAAUACGAAACCAUUUAACCCUCGUAAAAACUCUUUCUACUUCUUUAUCUUCCACUAGAUGUCAUUUUGAGGUAUUGUAGGGUCAACCUAUGAUAAUCACAAAUAAAUUGUCUUGCUAUUAGUAAAAUCAAAAAACCCAAAAAAAACAAAAUUGGUUUAGUAGUUCCGGAGAUUAUCACCUACAUGGACACUUUACAAACCUUUUCUCGUCUCUCUCUUUUUUUUCUAUAUGUUGUCUGACAACAGUCUGUCUGUCUGUCUGGCAUCACAAUGAAUUGUCAGCGUCGCCUUAUGUUUUAGUACCAAUAAAUGUUUAUGAUUCCUAUUCAUAGCUGAUGAUUAACCUAGAUAGUCUUAAUAGACGCGGGAAAGCACUAAACUUGAUGUUUUAGCCAAUAAUAUAAUGGUCUAGUAUUCUUUAGUGUUUCUUCGUUUAAAAUAAUGCUCUGAAAUUGGGUGUUUAGCAGAACAGCAAUGUGGUAAAGUUUAAAAAAAACAAUUGCUUUUUUUGUAAAUGGGUAGUAUCACAUCAGACAUCAGUUUGGUAGUUCCUCAAUUGAAUAUAGUUUUUUUGCUAUUUUGCUUCCAAAAGUUAAGUUUGGCAUACACAAACUACUUUAGUUAUUUAAAUAGUUUAAGCUCUAAAGAAUUUAAUGCAAAUAGAAGUCCUUAGAAUACGUCAUGUUUUAUUAGAACAGCCAACUCAAAUAAAGCAUCCUAAGAUCCAAUAUAAUUCUAGGAAAAACUCAACCGUCUAAAAAAAUUACAAACCUACAAAAAUACUCAUUUUUCUGUCCCACUACUUUAGACAAAAAAAAACACCACUUUUGAUCAAAUGAUUUAUGGACCUCAAAUUUUCCCAGUUGUAUAUAUAAUAUAUGCAUGGCAUCAAAUACGUUUGAUACAGUUUGAUAACCCGUGGGUGUAUUAAAUGCAUGUCAGUUCUCAUCUUAACAGAUUUGAUGGCAUGACAAUGUAUUGUUACGGGAUGGUGUGUUCUACUUACAACCCCCUUUUAAAAGAUAGGGACAGCGUGUCUUAAGUGAUAUACACGUUUUUUUCUUCAUAUAUUAGAGAUUUUCCGAUUAACGUUAAAAAAUGACAUUUGGUUAGAUGCGCUGAACUCUGUAGUUUUAAUAUGUGCAUAUUAAAACUACAGAGUUCAAUGUCACCACGCUAAACCCACAAGGUGGCGUGUGGCGGGUUCGAUCCCAGCGUAGGAAAUACAUAUGACCCCCCAAAGUUGUAUGUGAAACCCCCAAAAUACAACGCUUACUUAGAGCGGGAGUCGUUUCUUUUUCACUCUAAUUUAAAAAUUAAGGGAUUUAAAAAAAUUACUCGUUAUUAUUGUAAAAAAAAACAGUCGAUCACUUACAACAUAAAUUCUAACCUAUUUGACUUUAACUCGUCUAAUAAAUUAAAAUGCCAAUCUGAUUUGUCAUCACCAUGAUUCAGUAUUAAUUUAAUACUCUCAUCUGAGUAUACAUGACACUCAUUUUCCUCAUAAUAAGACCGUGUACAUUCAAAGUCACAAGUGGAACGUACCAUCCUGUGACGCAUACAGUUGACUCAUAAGAUGAUGGCGCUCAAUUGAAAAGCUGAACCUCACUUGAUACGAGUCGAUGAUGACUUUGUGUGGGUCUAAGUUAUAAACUUCAAACGGUUGUCAUAAUUGGAUGAAAAUGAAAAUAUUAAAGUAGUGUAAAGUAAUAGCUAAGUAGGUUGUUAAAUUCACUUAUAAUUAUUACCUAAACGCACUCCCAAUGAUACUUUUUUAGGAGAUAUAGCAACGGAACUUGCCUUUCAAAUUCUCUAAUACGGAAUAGGUUGUGGUUAAAAAAUAUCUCUGAGUUUACUCAAUCAUUUAUUGCGUUCUCUAAUGUACAUCAAGGUCUCAAAAUCUUAUUUCGGAAUAUAGAGAUAAAAGCAAACAUGGCAUGCAUACACAUGAUCUUUAUUGUUUACAAUCUUUAAUUAAUGGCUGUUUACGCCUAAAACUUUUUUAUUAGCAAAGCGACUAUAAACAUGUUGAUUCUCUUACUUUUUUACUUUUGAUAAAUGUUUCUAUCUGUGUGGGUAGAUUUUUUCUUCUAAAAAAUAUACGAUUCCAACUAAGACAGCUCUGCUGCUUGUAAUUUGUUAAAGUUUCCUAAUUAUACAAAAUACGAAGAUAUUCAGAGUUUUACUUAAGAAGCUCCAAGUCUUGUGCCUAAACAAGAUUUUGGCGACCGUGACAGGACGAUUUCAAGAAUCUGCAGAGUUGGAAAUAUCAUCACGGGUGUCGUCAUACUCGGUGAUACAAAAUUCAACAGAAAUCGAAGAUUUUGGUGUUGGAGGCUAUCCUUGCCUUCCUGGUCAACGAAUCAGCCAAAGAUCGUGCCGGAAAGCCGAUAUUCUUCAGCUUCAGCGUCAAGUUAAGUGCCAUCCUUUGUUCCGUUAUUUCAUCCAAAUUCCACAAUUUCCAAAUUCCAUACCCAUAAAUCCAUUCUUAAUUACCUAUAUUCCAGUGAAUAACCUCUAUUUGUGCUAUUUUCUUUAGUUUAUACAAGUUUUGGUGCAAAAGUAAACUUCGGUAAACGUGCUACCGUAUACCAUGCACAACAAAAAUAUAUUUUAUUUUCGUUAUUUCCCAAAGUUUCGAGCAUUUAUAUGCUAAUCUACGUAUUCAUAGGUUAACAGCCAACAGUGGACAAUAAUUUAAUUGGUUUUUCCGUCAUAUUUAGAUCGAUUUGCCGAAAGUUUCAGAAAUCACUCUGUGAGAACAAGUGGGGUCCAAAGUCCAUCACUGCCAGUUCGUGUGUUGGGAGAAGUGUUUCCAGCCGAGACCGGCUUCCCAGUGGUUUUCGCCGAGAGGAGGAACGUGAGAAUACAUAAGCUUUAUUCCUUUUCUUAACUAGUUGAACUUUGUCGAUACCGAAACAUUUCAUAAGAUUGCAGUGUUCCAUAUUUUAAAGUUAUAUACACAGAUUUAUUGUUCAAAAUGGCAAGCGAAGGUAGUGAUAAGCCUGCUUCAAAGUCAUCCUUAAGAGAAUUGCUUGCAAAACGCAGUUCUAUCAAAGGACAAAUCACCAAAUUCAAAAAUUACUUGGACAAAGUUUGUAGUUUGAAAGAGAUAUCCACAAUAGAACUUGCGGAAUUAGAUUUAAAAUUAAAUAAAUUUCAAGGAUUAUCGGCAAGGUUUGACAAUAUACAGAGCGAGAUUGAGGUUAUUAAUUCUUCAAGUAUUGACUCAGAACUUGAUGAGAGGGAACGCAUCGAGCAUGAUUUUGUUCAAUACAUUGCUAUAGCUAAGACUGAGCUACAAAAAUACACAAUAGAUGAUGAUAGUAAGCGUCGUCAAUCUAUCAUGAUCCACGCGGACUCUGAUCAUCAAAACAUUAGUUUCCGUUUACCAAAAAUUCAAAUUUCGAAAUUUGACGGUUCUUAUUUCCGUUGGUUGGAGUUUAGAGACACAUACGUCAGUCUGGUUCACAAAAAUGAUCGCAUUCAAGACAUACACAAGUUUCAUUACCUAGUGUCAUAUCUAGAGGGUGAUGCUGCUCGUAUUAUAUGUAACCUUGAGAUUUCUUCGGCUAAUUAUAAAGAGGCUUGGAAUCUGGUUUGCGAGCGAUAUGAUAAUGAAAGAAUUCUUAUCGAUUAUCAUCUAGAUUCCUUAUUUAAUGUGCAUCAGCUGACGCGUGAGUCAGACAAGUCACUGCGUUACUUAGUAGAUAAUAUCACUAAAAAUCUAAGAGCUUUAAAUAGUUUAGGCCUAAGCACAGACAAUCCUGCCUGUGAUUAUAUGGUCAUUUUCCUGUUAUCAGCUAAAUUGGAUAAUCGUACCACGCAAAAGUGGCAAGAAUUCCGCAAUACUUUAGGUAAAAUACCAAACUUAGACCAAUUCAAAAAAUUUCUUAUUGACCGAGCUAAUGUCCUUGAAUCUCUUAUCCGUAACAAAUCAUUAAAUAAUUAUAAUAAUAGCACUAAACAAACACAAUCAUCAAAACCAUCUACUUCCAACAAUAAAUCUAUUAAUAAAUCAAAUCGUUUUCAAAAUACUAAUUCAUUUGCCUCUCCAAGUACUUCACAAGCAAGUAACAAUAUUUCUAAAGUUUAUCUUUGUGUCGUAUGCAAUGGAAAUCACAGAAUUUACAAUUGUCCAGAUUUUCAAUCUAAAUCUAUUGCAGAAAGAAUUUCAUGUGUGUCUAAAUAUAAAUUGUGCAAGAACUGUUUGCGACAAGGUCAUCCUGCUUCUGAGUGCUCCAUGGGAUCGUGUAGGCAAUGUAACCAAAGGCAUAAUUCUCUUCUCCAUGAUCCUAGUGUGUCUGCUCACUGUACAAGUGGCACCACCGAUGAUAGUAACAUUGAGACUGUCGCAGCGUUCUCACGACAAAAGAAUCAUCAUGUACUCUUAUCUACUGCAAUAGUAGAAGUUUAUAAUUCAAUAAAUAACAAAUCAGAAAAGGUCCGGGCUUUGCUGGAUAGCGGCAGCCAAUCUUCUUUCAUCACCAAAGCUCUGCAACAAAAAUUGGGCUUAAAAUGUAAUACAAUAAAUCCAUUAAAUGUUAUUGGAAUAGGUAAUAAUAAGUGUGAUAAAAUAAUAGAAAGUUGUAAUACUUACCUUAAAUCAAUCCAAGGUACUUACCAAAUGAAUUUGUCUUGCUACAUUCUUCAUCAACUCACCGGUGACAUUCCAAAGGUCCCAGUUGAUAUUCAUGACCUGAAAAUUCCAAAAGGUCUCGUAUUAGCCGAUCCUAAGUUCAAUGAACCUGCUCCCGUUGAUAUGCUCAUCGGAGCAGAUGUGUUCUGGGAUAUCUUAGUUGGCGAGCAGCGCUCUUUAGGUCCCAACAAUCCAAAAUUACAAAAUUCAAAAUUGGGCUGGAUUGUAGCUGGUCCAAUUAAUUCUGAAAAAUUCAUACAUAAUACUCAAUGCAAUCAUGCAACUAUUUCAAACAACGAGCUACACGAUAUGCUCACUAGAUUCUGGGAAAUCGAGAGUCUUCCCCAAAGAAGAAUUCUCAGCCCCAAUGAAAUUGCUUGUGAAAACCAUUUUCUAAAAAACACAUUCCGUUUGAGCAAUGGCAGGUUUUGCGUCAGGUUACCACUAAAGGAAUCACCAAACUGUCUCGGUGACUCAUACAAUCAGGCAAAAAAACGUCUUCUUAAUCUUGAAAAAAGAUUUAGGAAAAAUCCUACAUUAAAGUCACAAUACGUAGAAUUCAUUCGUGAAUAUUCAGAAUUAGGUCAUCUUUCAGAAUCACCUAUUUCAAUUCCAAAUCCUUCAUAUUUUCUAGGUCACCAUGCUGUCUUCAAGGAAGACAGCGAGUCCACUAAAAUCAGAGUGGUCUUCGACGGCUCCGCUCCCACUGCCUCUGGAUACUCUCUGAAUGAUAUUCUCAUGAUAGGACCUAAUUUACAAAAUUCUCUUUUUUCCAUUUUGGUUAGAGCGCGUCAAUACAAGUACAUUCUUACUGGGGACAUAGCCAAAAUGUACAGACAAAUUGCUGUGGCCCAGGAGGAUUGUAACCUUCAAUUAAUAUUAUGGAGAGAAGACGAGUCUCAUCCUAUCCAAACUCUGAGACUAGGUACUGUUACUUACGGUACUGCAAGUGCCAGUUACCUUAGCACAAAAUGUCUUUGGCAGGUGGGAGAAGAGUGCGAUGAUGAAUUAAUAAAAACAAUAAUUCAAAAUGACUUUCUAGUCGAUGACGUGAUCACCGGCUCAGAUAGCGAAAGUCAACUAAAAUAUAUUCAAAAGGCCUUAACUACUACUCUAAAUUCAGCUUGUUUCCCAUUGCGAAAAUUCAAAACUAACUUACCUGAAUUAUUUCAUAAUAUCGUCGAAAUUAAUACAAAAGAUAAACUUACCUUAAGUGAGUCUUCCAGUACUCUCGGCCUCGGCUGGGAUCCUGAAAAUGACACAUUCCAUAUACCUGUAAAAAUAAAUUCUAUAAAUUCAAAUGAUUUAAUUACUAAGAGAUUCAUAACUUCACAAUCUUUUAAAAUUUUUGAUCCACUUGGCUUGAUAAGUCCGUGCAUAAUUCAAGCAAAAAUACUCAUACAAAGGUUGUGGCGCAAGGACAUUGACUGGGAUCAGCCUGUGCCUGAUGAUUUAAAGGAAAAUUGGUAUGAAAUUUCUAAAAACUUACCUUUGCUGGCAGAACUUCAUAUUUCACGUAAGGUUAUCUGUGAUUCACCAAAAUUCAUUGAGCUUCACUCAUUCUGUGACGCUUCACAAGUCGCGUACGGGGCUUGUAUCUACAUGAGAUCGCUGAAUGAAAAUAACGAGGUAACAGUAAGGCUUCUAUGCUCAAAAUCUAAGGUGGCUCCAGUGAAACCAACCACAAUACCUCGCCUCGAGCUGUGUGCAGCGUUAUUGGCAGCAAACUUAUGUAAAUCCGUUACCGAUAGCUUAAGACUAACUCCUUCAAAAAUUACACAUUGGUGCGAUUCUAAUGUCGUUCUUUGCUGGAUCAACAACGAUCCAAGCAAACUAAAAACUUUUGUUGCAAAUAGAACUUCUGAAAUUCUAGAUCUUACUGAUCGAAAGUCAUGGCGUUAUGUUCCUACUGACGCAAAUCCUGCGGAUUUAAUUUCACGUGGUGUAAAUGCUUGCCAGCUCCACGAUAAUACCAUGUGGUGGCAAGGUCCAUCUUAUUUGUAUAGUGAUGAGUCGCAAUGGCCUAUAUUAAACCCAAACAAAUCUAGUGAUUUACUUGAAAUGAAAGCUCAUUAUAUUAAUUUACCUGAGUCUUCUUUCGAUUUUAAAGACUUUUCAAAUUUUACUAAAUUACAGCGAGUAUUUGCAUAUGUUUUAAGAUUUUUACAUAAUUCUAAACAAUCAAAUAAGCACAAUAAAUUAUCUGGAUUUUUAACAGCAAAUGAAUUAAAUAAUGCCUUUAACUUUAUUUGUCGAGUCGUGCAAAAACAAUCUUUUUCUUCUGAAUAUAAAAUAUUGCUUGCCAAUAAAAUAUUGUCCUCAAAAUCUAAAUUAUUAAGUUUAUCUCCAUUUUUUGACUCCACUGCUCAAUUGAUUAGGGUUGGUGGGAGAUUAGAUAAUUCUAAUUAUUCGUUCAAUAAAAAACACCCAGUACUGUUAGAUUCUUCUCACUAUGUGACAAAACUUUAUUUUAUACGCGAACAUCUUAAACAUUUGCAUGCUGGUCCACAGCUACUGCUAGCAACUGUUAGAGAUUCUGUUUGGCCUAUUAAUGGCAGGAAACUUGCUAGGCGCGUUGUCAAUCAAUGCUUUACCUGUGUGCGUGUUCGGGGUCAAACCUUAAAUCCUAAAAUGGGUAAUUUACCUGCUCAUCGAAUUUCAAUUGACUAUCCAUUUAAAUCAGUUGGUGUUGAUUAUGCCGGUCCAUUUUUCAUCCUAAAUAGAAAAGGACGUGGUGCUAAAUUAUCAAAAUGUUAUUUGUGUUUGUUUAUUUGUUUGCGGUUUAAAUGCGUUCACUUAGAACCAGUCAGUGACUUGACCAAAGAAUCUUUUAUAAUGACACUCCGUCGCUUUGUUGCACGUCGCGGUCUACCAGCGGAGAUUUGUUCCGACAAUGGACGAAAUUUCGUUGCCGCUGCGAAAGAAAUUAGUCAUUUCCUAAAAAACAACUCUCAAUCUCUCUCUGAGUUCGCGACUGGGGAAGGGAUAAAGUUUUCGUUUAUACCAGCUUACAGUCCUCAUUUUGGUGGAAUCUGGGAGGCUGGUGUCAAGGCUGCUAAAUACCAUAUUAAAAGAGUAAUGGGAAAUACUCAUCUCACAUUCGAGGAACUUUGUACUUUGUUCGCACAAGUAGAGGCAGUGUUAAAUAGCCGUCCCUUGUGCCCAAUGUCGUCAUCCCCUGACGAUUUCCUUUCCUUAUCCCCAGGGCAUUUCUUGAUUGGCAGACCACUCAAUGCUCUGCCAACUCCAGCACUCGACGACUGCAAGGCUACCCACCUACAACGUUACGCCCGCCUUGAGCAAAUAAGACGGGAUUUCUGGAACCGAUGGAGGCGAGAAUAUAUAUCCGAACUUCAACUACGCACUAAAUGGAAGUCCAACACCACAAGGCUAAACAUUGGGGAUCUUGUUCUUCUGCAUGAAGAAAACGUGCCACCCCUAAGCUGGCGUCUCGGGCGUGUGGUACAACUGUUCCCUGGACCAGACGGCAUUCCGCGUGUGGCAGACGUCCGCACUUCAAGAGGCCAGUUGCGACGCUCUCUCAUUCGACUGUGUCCUCUGCCUACUUCAGAUUGUCUAUCUUCUGAUUUCAAGGUUGAAGCCUAGACCUUCAACGGGGGAGGAUAUGUUUACGCCUAAAACUUUUUUAUUAGCAAAGCGACUAUAAACAUGUUGAUUCUCUUACUUUUUUACUUUUGAUAAAUGUUUCUAUCUGUGUGGGUAGAUUUUUUCUUCUAAAAAAUAUACGAUUCCAACUAAGACAGCUCUGCUGCUUGUAAUUUGUUAAAGUUUCCUAAUUAUACAAAAUACGAAGA